AUGCCGUCGCUCCUCGUCGUGUCUGCCAUGUUGGCCGCCGCUGCCUCUGCUGUUUCGGUGAACAUCAAAGUGCACAGCAGCCUCGCCAUGAAGUUCCGUGAAGUAACGGUCAUCAAGGACAACGCCGUGUGCCCCAAUGGCGGCGACGUGCUCAUGUGCGAGAGCCUGUCGUACGAGUGUCAGGACGAUGGGAAAGGCGGUCGCGCGUGUCUCGAGCGCGACGACUCGUUCCUGGACGCUGUGGACAACAACACGGCGAUUUACUGGGCCGAGUGCGGCGUCGUGGACAAGUCGAAGCCGACCAAGUGCCUCCAACCGUUCGAUUGUAGCUGCAACGACGAUGCCAACUCAAAGUGCUUCUGCAAGCCGCCGGACGCGUGGCGCGCGCACCGAGGCGUUGCCAAGACGUGCGUCACGUCGAAAGGCAAAGAGAACGCGUGUGACUCGGGCAAGUAUUGCCGCACUCACGACGACAAACAAGAGUGUGCCCCGAUGCCGUAUCCCCCCACGCUGACGACGCUCUAUAGCGACUGCACGAACGACAAGAAAUGCGACGAAGACUUGACGUGCAAGGCGUUCGACUCGUUUUCCAUGUGCUUGGAGAACAAGGAGAAGCAGAGCUAG